ACGCUGAUCCCACCUCAAUAUAUGUCGAGUCCUGCCCCCCAGUGACCGGCUGGUUCCCAUUUCCGUUCUGUCUGAACUUCCCUUGCGUCUGCCUACAACCAUGAUGCUAUCAAGACCAGGCGUUAGCAUUCGAAGGUUUAUUUCCCAGAGGAGAGUUGAAAAUGACUGUGAGGAUGGGGAUUUGUUUAGUACCGACCGAUUGGAUCUCAUCAAAGCGGGACGGAAAGACGCCGCCGCUACGGCCGUGGGCCCUAAGAGACGGCCCUAUGGUAGAAAACGACCGCCGCCACCGAUUAUAGUUAGUAGGGAACAAAGCAUUCAUGAUAUACUGGACCCUUUACCACCAAUUCCUUCGUACGAAACCCCGCGAUCUUCGGAUAGUUCGUUGAAUAGUUCGGAACGCCACAACGACUCCAGUUUAUCUCAAUCAAUCGAUUCAAAGAGGUCAAAGUCGCCUCUUUGUUCCAUAUCGUCAAAGGACGACCAAAGUCAAGAAUCACUCCAACUUUCCAGUGCAACCAGCUAUGGGGGCGAUGAUUUUCCACCACAACUCCCACCUAGGGGCCGUGCAAGAUCAUCGGAAUCUCUCGAGCGUCUGGAAGAAUUGUCAGAUUUUGGUUCUGACACCUUAGAAGCCCCAUCGGCUCGACUAGAAGACAAAGCGACAUCGUCGAAGCAAGACCUGCGACGACAAGAAUCAACUUCCAGCUUUUCGGAUAACAUACAGCAACUCAUACAAGAAGCCGACGAAGCAUUUAAAGCUGUCGGAAGCGCUCUAGCCGAAGUGCAACUCGCAGAAAAUACGUUUACUAAAUCCAGGAAUAAUUCCAAAGAAUUGCCAAGGAUUCCUACACCUGAACCAUCACCAUCAACUAUUCCGCAACCCAUACCAGCACGCCGGGCUUCUCAAUUCCCUGUGUAUAUAACGCGAAACUCACCUAGCCCAGAACCUCAAGUUUUCUCUUCUCCCAUCCCUCAAAAAACGCAACGACCUACAUCUCUAUCCACCGGAGUAAAAAGGAAGAAGUCUAAGAAGGCCAAGAAAGUAAAGACGAUGUCGAUGAAGUCGUACCGAAAACCGUCCGCGAGCAAGUCCUCCGCGAAGACUGGUCCGAUAUGGGCGUUAUCCGAUAACGUCACUGACCUUUUCAGCGGAAAAUUCUUCCACAAGAUUGAGGUGGAUGAAAUGCUCACACCGGGCCAAUUAGAGGCGUACAAGCUGCGCCGGGAAUCAAUAAUGCAGCAGUCAGAAAAGGUAGCGUCGGAAAAGGCGGCUUUGAAGGAACAGGCUGCGAAAGAGUCGGUCGCAAAGAAGUCAACGGAAACAAUCGAAUCCGAGACAAGUGACACACCUCUCGAGCCCUUCCAUCUCGAAGACCUACCUUCCCGAAUUGGCUCAGCUGGUGUAGCAGAACUCGAAGCUGAUGCGACACCAAAAGCUGAGAAACCAGCUGUACCACCAUUUGAACCUGUUGCACAGAAAGAUUUCGCAACGGAACAGCCCAAACACAAAUUUAACCCUCGUGAGUCGCGAUUAGAUAUCGGAGAUGAACCCAUUGAAUAUAGGGAUGCCACAUUUUCGACGCCGCCCAUGAGGCACGCAGCGCAACUCGCUAGACGAAGCCUGAAGACAGCGCUUCCCAGCAUUCCCGAAACAUCUACCAUCUCUACACCACAAACCAACACUCUAUUCAACAGCCAAAACCUCUCAGGAUCGCGAGACGUAGUCGCCGAUUCGAAUUAUGUUUUCCUUCAAUCAGCACCGUGCUCCAUGACCAGCCCUAUAUUUAGGCAUGGACCAAUCCGAUUGGCAAAGUCCGACCUCAUUCCGGAUAUGAAGGUCGGGGCGGACGAAGGCCUGGAUUGGACGGCAUUCCAGAUGGCCAUCUCUGGAGGCGCCGGUGAUUGGUUUUCCGAGAGCGACGACACAAUCCGCCGUAGAGAAGCCGAGGAGGUCGAAGAUCUCGCUGAUUGGUUUAGUUCGUGGCAUUUCGCAAGGCCCGGAGCACUCGUCACCCAGGAAUACGAAGCCCCUAGCCCUACGAGUACGACAUCAGGCGAGGACUACUCGGAUGUAUCAUACACUGAAAUUGAGAAAGAUAACCCGUAUAGUCCACACCACCAAUGGCAGGUACCUCCACCACGAAAAGUUUCCAUCCAAGGCCUCCGGACGAAUAGUCGGGACAUGUCCGGACUCCAACUGGACUUGUCCAAGAUGUAUCCACACGAAUUGCCCGAUGUGCCACCCAAGGAGUCCUACAAGGAAUACAACUGCCGUGAGAGUUACGCCAGUCUUCCACAAAGCCCGAUGUUGGAUCUUCAAGUUAUUCGAAGUCCCGGCGGUGACGAUGUGGAUGUUGUACCGAUGGGAUAUAACCUCGGACAUGAUCUAGGAGAUUUCCUUAAAUGGGAGGCAGAGCAUGUUUACGCUGGUUUAUAAGCAACCUUUU